AUGCUGAAGAAUUUUGUCCCGGGUGCGAAAAAACCGGGAUCGGGACAGAAACUAGUGCCGGUGAUCUCUAUUGCGAAGUGGCACCCUGUAGAUUUUAUCACCAAAGAAAUUGAACAGAAAGUCGGUGCGGAAAUGAGCGGAGGUGGCCUGACCGGCUUUGCAGUUUCAUUAGUUGACAAAGUUAACGCUCCGAAUGUUGGUCAGCCUGGUGAUGGUGGGAGCAUGAUGAAUGAAUUCGAACAACUUGCCGGUGGUGGUGGGGGCAUGAUGAGUGAGCUCGAAAAAUUUCUAUGA